CCCGUGAGAAAGGUCUAUUAGAGUGCUGGCGUAACUCGGCGAGUCGGGCAGCAUCUCUGGAGAACACGGACUGGUGACGUUUCCAGUUGGGAUCCUUCUACAGAUUUCAGGGAAUUUGAAGACUUCUGUUUGAAAUUUUUCCAGUUCUCUCUCUUGCCCUCGAAGCUCAGCUGUUCAAAUCCAAAGAUGAAUUACCUUGUGAUCCUGGUAGCUGGUCUCAUUCUCAGUGCCUCUCCGGCAUCUGCAGUUCCUUCUUGAACACUUCAAUAAAGCUCAGAGUGCUGGCGUAACUCGGCGAGUCGGGCAGCAUCUCUGGAGAACAAUCUGGUGACGUUUCCAGUUGGGAUCCUUCUACAGAUUUCAGGGAAUUUGAAGACUUCUGUUUGAAAUAUUUUCCUGUUCUCUCUCUUGCCCUCGAAGCUCAGCUGUUCAAAUCCAAAGAUGAAUUACCUUGUGAUCCUGGUAGCUGGUCUCAUUCUCAGUGCCUCUCCGGGUAACUCUUUGCGGUGUUACUCCUGCUUAGGAUCAACUCAAAGAUGCGUGAGUGAUACUGCUAACUGCUCUGCCGGGGAGCGAUGCUACCUUGUGGUUGUAGAGGCUGCUGGUGUAAAGGCUUACGGCGCUGGAUGUGGUCACCCUGCUGACUGUAAUGUCCGGCCAAAUAUCCCAGGAGCCUCAGUCUCUGUCAGCUGUUGUAAUACUGACCUCUGCAAUGCGAGUGACCAAGUUAAAUUAUCUCUUCUGCUGUUCCCUGCUCUGGUCUCUGUCUGGUUUGCAAUAUUUAUGUGAAGCAAAUGCAUAAUAAUAAUGUACAGUGCAAUCUUCUGGGUGCUUUUUGUCUGAAGAUCAGGGAUAAUGAGUCUUAACACUUGAUUUCCAUGUGAUGAGCAACUUAAUCUAACAGAUGUGCAAAUCCUUUUCAUUCCAAAAUCAGUAACCCUCAUCCAGGUUCAGGAUGAGUUCAUCGAUGGUGGUUAGUUCUAUGGGUUCUGUAAUUCCUCAAUCUUCCAAUUUACUAUUUAGUUUGUUAUUGAUUUGAAUGAUGUUUUGGAGCAGGUUACAUAUAUAUAUACAGCUUCAGUAACUCCAACACAAGGCUGUGGAGGCCAAGGGAAUUGAUAUUUUUACCGCAGAGAUAGAUAGAUUCUUUGAUUAGGGCGGGUGUC